GGCUGGAGGCGCGGGGCCGCCUGGGAGGCCGCGGCCAUGGCGUUCUCGGCGGAGGCGCUGCGGAAGCAGCUGGGCAAGUACAAGUUCAGAGACCUGACCGUAGAGGAAGUGACGGCUGUCAGCAGGGCGCACCCGAACUUCUCCUUCUCCAUGAACACUUACACCUUCAAGGAUGGAUCCCAGAAAGACCUCCUGAAUUUCAGUGGCACUGUCCCGGUGAAAUAUGGUAACUCCUAUAAUAUACCCAUUCGUCUGUGGAUUUUGGACUCUCAUCCCUUUGCUCCUCCCAUUUGCUUCCUGAAGCCGACUGCCAACAUGGGCAUUGCAGUGGGGAAGCAUGUGGAUGCUCACGGCAGGAUUUAUUUGCCCUAUCUGCAGAACUGGAGCCAUCCUAAAUCAACUAUCAUUGGAUUAAUCAAGGAAAUGAUUGCAAAAUUUGAGGAGGAGCUGCCUUUGUAUUCACUGUCAUCUUCUGAUGCAGACAGGCAAUCAGAACUUCUCUCCUACAUCGCAAGGAUUACUGAAGGAGAGACUGACAUAAAAUCAAAGAGUAAAAUGGGUGGAGUGAGAAACGGAGGGUGCUUUAACAAAGUUACUGUGGUUGGAGCUGGAGAUCUCGGCAUUGCAUGUGUGCUGGCGGUUGCAGCAAAGGGUGUUGCUGACAAGGUGGUUCUUCUGGAUCUUUCUGAAGGUGCAGCAAAAGGAGGAACCAUGGAUUUGGAGAUCUUUGCUUUGCCAAACGUAGAGAUCAGCAAAGAUUUUUCAACUUCAACUGAUUCAAAAGUUGUGGUGCUUACAGUGAACUCUCUGGGUAAUGCUCAGACGUACCUGGAUGUCAUACAGAGCAACGUGGAUUUGUUCAGAGGAAUUAUCCCAGCAAUAUCACACUACAGUCAGAACUCUGUGCUGCUUGUUGCUUCUCAGCCAGUUGAAAUUAUGACAUACGUAUCAUGGAAGCUGAGUGCAUUUCCCAAAAGCAGAGUUAUUGGAGUAGGUGGCAAUCUGGAUACUGAGAGAUUUCAGUACAUACUCACAAAGCUUUUGCAAGCAGAGACGCUGGGAAAAGAUGCUUGGAUUGUUGGUGAACAAGGGGAAGACAAAGUACCAUCAUGGACCAGCUCUAAGUCAGUUACAAAUGAAACAGAAACAAUUGCUGCUCAUGACUCCAGAGAAAAGGUGGCUAACAGAGCUGUGGAAGUUCUCAAGGGAAAAGGUCAGAGGUCCUGGUCUGUUGGGCUCUCAGUUGCUGAUUUAACUGACAGUAUCCUGAAAGAUAAAAGGAAGGUUCAUUCUGUAUCCACUCUUGCAAAGGGAUUUUGCAGUAUAAACAGUGAAGUAUUCUUAAGCCUUCCAUGUGUUCUUGGAACCAGUGGAGUAAUUGAAACGAUCACACUAGAAGAAGAUCUGCUGGUACAAGAGAAACUGCAAAGCAGUGCAGGAUCAAUUCAUGACCUUCAGCAGCAGCUGAAACUUACAAGUACAGAGACCUAACUAUACAAGAGACAAACAGUGUCAUUUCUCAGUACAAGGACCUCAAGCCUGUUAUGGAU